CGUUAGCUUGACGCGUUACAACAACAGCUGCUUUGCCAGUAAACCAGAAGGCGUUAAAGUUGUUUGCGAUGUGACAUGAACGUUAACUUACCUGUGUUGGCUUUAAAAGUUGGAUGUGAGCGUGCUGUCCGCUGCUUGUUCAUGGUGUUGCUGUAACAUUGGCUGAAGUCUCUUUUAAGGUAAGUUAAAACCGUCACAGAGACUAGCUGUUUACUACUUGUGGCGCAUGAAAGUGAAGUUUUGGUCGAGUGUUGCUAGCUUCUUUAACGUUACCUUCACCAGCUAGCUAAGGCUGCACCGUGUGGUUUCAUCAUUCAGAGAAAUGUAUUGUGAAUGUACAACCUUCACAUUAAGCUUGUGCAGCUUUACAUCUGUUAAGCUCUUUCUCGAGAUCGCCCUUUGUAAGUUCAAUGCAUAGAAACCUCAUUUCCCUUCAUCAGGCAUGAAGUUUGCAAGCCAAGCUGCUCCUCCAACUUGGCGAAAGAGAAAGCCGCACACUACUGCGUUCCGCUUUUUCACUUAAACCUGAAGAAAAACACUACCGAGACACAUCCAGUCUGCUGUGUAACAAAUGAGUCACUACUGUGCUCCCUUUUCAGUUUUUCCCACAUCUGCUAAGUAAGACACAUUUCUCUAAAUGUAACCCUUUUUAUAUCUGAACACAACACCCCAGUUUCCAGACUACAAAACCUCUGAUUCUGUGACUUGAAACUAGAGAUGGAUUGAUUAAUCGGCUGGCUAAUUAAAGAAGCCAAUCAAUGGAGACAAUCAAUAGCAUUUAAAAUAAUUCAGAAUCAGCAGAUGUCUACAUUAAAGCAAUUACUAGAUGGUGUGUAAUCGUGGUUGACUGAUAUCUAGGGAAGCACUGUGAGUAUUGGCAGCUCAUAGCUUAAAAAGUUCAAUAUCAGCAUUGGUAGAUAUGAACAUUACUGUAUAUUUCAAUAAGAGAACUAUGAUGGUUGAUUUGUCUUGUUUUUAAACAGAUAAUAUUAGCUAAGAGUAAACAAAUUCUAUAACAGGAGAGACAUAAUGUGUAUAUAUUAGCGCCAAUACUCAUAUUUGAGUCAUUAUCCCCACUGAUAUUGUUUUUUCAAUUAAUUAUGCUGAUUAUGAGAGAGCUGAUGCUCAUAUCAUAAAGCAGAUAUUAAGUUAUUGUCAUAUAUUUAUUUAUUUAUUUGCAUCUGGAAAAUCAUUGAAAAUCAUGGACAACUUGGUUCAGCCUCCCGCCCAUAUACGGAUUUGAAGCCGAAAAGCUCGCGGUAUUCCCGUGAUUUUUCUUCAUUUUCUGAAACCAGCAUUGCGCAUUAGCGUUGUGCGCAUUCGGCGGGAGAGUCACCGAGAGUCGCUGUGAUAACGCUAUCCCAACGGGUGAGCUACCCAAUCCCUGAACGCCAAUAGGCUGUAUCAGGUGUCAAUCAUAGUAAACAUAAACCCCCUAAUAACUUUUAAAAACGGAGCUUCACAGGAAAAAAAAGACGAGCACAAACCAGUCUUACUGUAACUACAUGUCAACAGUGCAAGCACGGGGGAGAAAAAUUUAUGUUCUGUGUAAUAAAUUUCUAAAGUUUGUCCACAGCUCCAUAAGCUUUGCUGGCAGAGGUGGGAUUUAUGACCUAUACUGCAGCCUGUCACCAGAGGGUGCUGUUCUCAGAGUGGCUUCACCCAGCAAGGAGGCAGACGUUGUCCAUUCUAUAUACAGUCUAUGGAAAAAUACAACAAUUUAACAAAUAAGACACAGAAUUUUUUGAACUUGAACAAACAUUUUUUAUUCAAGCUCCUUGUGAGCAACUUUUGGUUUAUGUCAAUUUUAGUGCCCCCUGUGGACAAAGCAGUCUUUGCUAAUCUUGUUUUCAAAGUAGUGUCUUCGUACAAAAACAUCAUCCCUUUUUUGACAGUCUAAUGCAGACCUGGGCAAUUUACAGCCCGAGGGCCACAUCUGGCCCUUUGGAUGUCCCUGCCCAGCCCUUCGUAAGGUCCGUCAAUCAAAUCAUCAACACGCUAUAAAAGGGUGUCACUUUUAUCUUGAAAACCUAGCUGUUGUUUUAUUUCUGUUUGGACGCAUGUGCGUACAUCCUAGAUCUGCAUUCGUGAACAGAGACAAGUUUAAACAUCGGCGAAAUAUUCGUAGACGCCUUAGAGUUGCCAAGUCCACUUAUUGUAAACGACUUAAAGCUUGUUUCUCUCAGAAGUUGCUAUGAAAACUUGUGAAUCGCGGGUGCGCUUUUUUGGGCUUGUUUUUAACUCGUAGUUGCUUAUUUGGGCUUGCUUUUCUGUAUGUGUGAACCCCCCUGAUUUGAAGUUGAAGUUAUUGUUGGUUUCUUAUGUGGCCCCAUGUAAAAAUUAAAUAAAUGGUCUAAUAGAUCAUUUAUUGUUCAUAUCUCACGCAGACAGUGUAAAAAAGGGGGACUGUUUCUAGAGCUACUUCACUAACCCUGCUCACACCAGUUUCAGGCAUUAAACGCUACAAUAUAAAAAUCUUGAGUCAUGCUGCUGAUGGUCUUGUUUGCUUUUGUAAACCAUAAAAGGUCUGAAAUAUGAACUGAACUCUAUAUCAUGACAUCCAAAUAAUUCCUUACAGCAACUUUAAAUAAAUGUAGACAGAGAAAUAUUUGGCUCAGAUAUAGAUCGCCUCAAGGGACUGCUAGAUUUCUGUCCAGCCAUCUGUACUUAUUAAAAUGGGAAAAAAUACAAGAGUAUUUGGGUUUAGAUGAAAAAAAAAGAAAGCUCUGUUAUUACUAUGGUACCACUGUGUUUUUUUUUUAAGCAAAAGAGCAUGAACAACAGAGAAACAAAAACUGCAACAAUGUGACAUGAACACUAUCAAUACUGCAGUGGAGAUUAGAAUUAGAGAACAAUGACUGAACACUUGAUUCAUUCCUAAAUAAUGUAAUCUUCAUUGCUCAAUGCUUUUGUGGAUUUUUUUUUUUUGUUGUGGCAAUACCGUGUUACUAGAACAGUGUUUUACAAAAAAACAAGGAACUUCAACAACAAAAAAAGACUUUAUUUUGCAGAAAACACGAUGAUCAAAGAAAAGCAAUGCUUUUAGCAAAAAGAAAAUUACAACAAAAUUUUCAGAAGGUUAAGACGGUCAAAAGUUAGUAGGAAGUGCACAGGCUUUUGCUUUUAAUGACUUGUGGACAUCUGCGGCCAGAAGACAUCACCAGUCUCGCGCCGCUCUGGUGAGAUUUUGGUCCACUCUUCUUCCAGUCUCUUCCACAGUUCGCUGACUGUAGUCGGUUUGUGGCCAUGACUAUAACUUUCUAUUGGGUUUAGAUCAGGACUCGGAGCUGGCCACUUAAUUAUUUCAAGGUUUUCAGUUUCAAGGAUUUGCUUUACUUUUUCAGUGUGACAGGGAGUAUUGUCCCGCAUGAAAAUUGCUGGCUGACUGAGUGAUGAACCCUGAGAAGGAAUUAUAUGCUGCUGAAGAGGGUUCUGAUAAACAAUUGCAUUCACUCGGCCAUGUAUCUGUGUCAGAGGCCCAACUCCUGCUGCAGGAAGCAUUCCCCAAACCAUGACUUUUCCUCCCCUACCUUUCACUUCUUUUUCACAUGUUACACAAAGUGACUUCUUUACACACUUUGGGUGCAGUCUGUAUCCAGUUUGAUGACAAACGCAAUGUUUUCCAUCGGACCCAAAUAAAUUAAACUUGCUCUCAUCACUUAAGUGAACUUAAAACCAGUUUUCUUCUGUCCACACAACACGUUCCUCUGCAAAUGUUAAACCUUUUGAUUCUCUCUGCAAAUGAGAGGUUCGAGACACAGUAUGGCGAAACAGAGUCUUACCCUGUUCAGCACUGAACUGGUGAGCAUUUCCAGCUGCAGUGUUGAACCAAUUUUCCACUGAUAUUCUCUGUGUUAUCCUGUCCAGCUGCACAAGCGUUUUAGUCACUUGAGAAUGGCUCAGCAUCGUGUGAGGUCAGUGAGAACUUAAAGUUAGGUGCCAGUAAAAUAGGGUGCGUCAGAUAAUGAGGGAAUUCAGCACCAGGUACCAGACUAACAUCAAUUAUUGGGAGGUAUCUUCAAGUGCUCUCUAAUUUUGAUCACAAUAAAACCGUGUUUCCUAAUAUAUGCUGCCAUCGCAAAAACAGUAACAUAAUACAUGGCAAGGCUGUCAGUCACUUAACCCAUAGAAGCAAUCGAAAGAGUACAGGUUUUUUUUUUUAUAAUGAAUGAUUCAAUUAUUAAAAUUGUUUUUAAUUUUCAGAAAAAGAAAUAUUAAUAUACCUGUUUGACAGGUGGAGAGGAGUCCACACUGCUUACUAGGACCCGACUGAUACGGAUUUUUGGGGGGCGAUGCCGAUACUGACUAUUAGGCGGGAAAUAAAUCCAAUUACCGAUUAAUCAGCCGUUUUUUUAUUUUUAUUUUUAUGAAGUUAUAAAAAUAUAUAUAUACUGUAGGCUACUGCUCUUCACGCUGACAGGAAGACCAACUGAUCAAACUCGGACCAGAAAAGCGUUUCCAACCUUUUCAAAUGGCGGAACAUUUUCGAAGUGAAACCAAAUCUUACUCUCCGCAUUUUAUUUCUGAAAAUAUCAGCGAAAAUCAGUGAGUUUUGGCCGAUUACCGAUUAGUCUCAAAUGGGCUAAAAUCGCCGAUGAAUCGGUCAGGCCCUACUGCUUACAUAAAAAGGCUACUUCACGCUUUGGUCUGCACUACAGGUUGAAGAUAGUCUGAUGUUUCUUUAGGCUGCGGUGCUCAUGCUGAUUCAUCAUCAGGGUUUAUAAUGAUGUUCACUAAUAAGUCUAAUAUAGUAAAGGACAGUCUGAUUUUAGUCUUGGUCUUGGUCAUCCUUGCCCUCUCCUCCUCCUCCUCCUUUUGGUCCUUCACACUCUUCCUCCUCUCCCUCUCAGAUUGUCUCCAUCCUUCUGCGAUGACUGCCCCCUUUGUUUACUUGUAUACAUCACAGUUGAUCUGCCAACAGUGUAUACUCGGGUAAAAGUGUUUCAGAGUGAGCAGCUCAAUAAAUGGGCUCAGGCCACUGAUCAUUCAGAAGAAGAAGAAGAACUUUAUUGAUCACCGAAAGGGAAAUUCAAUUGUCUGUUGUCUCAUGUAAUAUGUCUAAAAAAGUUAUCUACUAUUUACACAAGAGUUAUAAAGCCUGAUGGCUGUUGGUACAAAAGAUCUUCUGAAUCUUUCUGUCCUGCAGCGAAGAGCGAGGAGCCGUCCAUCACCAUUGGCCCUUUGGUCCAUCAAGGUGUUAUGAAGUGGGUGAUCCAUGUUCUUUAGAAUAGUCUCCACCUUCCUCAGUGUAGAUCUCUCCACCACAUCCUCCACAAAGUCCAGCUUGAGUCCAACCAAAGAGCCAGUCUUUUUCACCAGUUUGUUAAGACGUCUUGCAUCUUUGUGUUUGAUGCUUCCUCCCCAGCAGACUGCAGCGUAGAACAGAACACUUGCCACCACAGACUGAUAAAACAUCUGCAGCAUCUUACUACAGAUGUCUAUUGAUCGGAAGAUUCAGGUAUAAGAUUCUGAUUCAGGUCAGACAACCAGAAAUUUUAAACAAUUGUGAAAAACUGUAAAAAAAAAAAGUCUUUGUCUUUUCAGUCUGGAUUACAUGGCAAACUUGGAAAAAAAUAUAUAUAUAUACCAUGUGCCACCAUUUCACAAAGUAGGACUUUGAAGUAUCGUGUCUUUGUGCUUUAAGAAUACCUCUUUUAGGUCUGAAGUUGGUAUGUUUUGACUUGGGGGCUCUUUGCAUAAAUUCGUGCUUUGAGAGGAAUUUAUCUCAUAUUUGCAAAAAUAAAAAAUGACCUUUGUUGUUCGCAGCUCCUGACUGACAAGCACGCACUUUGAUUUGAUCACCUGCUGUCAUCUUUGGACUGUUUUUGGACAGCUGCUGUGUAGAUAAUGCUUAAUAAGAUUGCCUGCUGCAAGCUUAGUCAGCUAGCAGGCUCUACUUGUAGGCAGAUAAGAUCACUUCAACACUGACUGGAAAGCUUCCAUUCAAUUAUUAGCUGGGUGUUUGGUAUUCUUCCUUUUUAUAUCAAACAUUAAAAAAAAUACCCUGACUUCAUCUCCUGGACUUCCCGUUAGAUCAUCUUUCCUGUCUGAAGUGAUGCGUCUCAACUUCUUGACAGUGUGUAUGAAAAAAGCAUCUUUGGAAAGCAUCAGAGCUCUUCACAGCACUGAGACAGCUGAUAGAUAGUAAACCUUUCAGGGCUGAUAGAGAUUUUGUUGGGAAAAUCAGUACCAAUACUACUAUUGAUGUUCAAAAUAUCAAUACAGCUGAUGCCAAUUUUCCCUCCCAAAGCAAAUGAGUUUGACCAGCAGGGGACUUCUUCUGCUCGGUAAAACUCCUUGGAAGAGCAGUGAGGUGAAACAGCUGUCCAGAUUUACAUCAGUGUGAUGAAAACAAUAACAGGAUGCUCGGCGAAAGAGAUAUCAGCUGCUGGCAUCAGUACAUGACACUUUUACUUGCUGAUGGGUUGAUGUCUGUCAGCAGGGACGAUAUUUGUCAGUGCCAGUGUUCAACUGAUACAUCGGUGCAUCCAGAGGUUUGAUGUUGUGCUGAUUCAGGCAACUUUGAACAACCAUAUGUGAGUCAUUGAUUGUUAAUUUUCUCUGAGGAAGAGAUAAACAUUUUGUGAUCUCAUUUUACAUCCAGCUAUCACAGUAGUGUUUGAAGUGUUUUUAGUACAUUACCUUAUCUUUGGAUAUAGAGUUGACUUACAAUUGUAAAGCUGUGGUAAAAUAUAGGACAAGACCGAAUAUCUGGAAAUGGGGACUGGUGACAUGCUCCCAUUAAUUUUUCUUGGAAGAGGAAGGCUUUGGCGUUUGAGCUAAUGGCGUUUGUUGAGCACGAGUACAAAGCCACCAUCACGGUGGACAACAACAUGUACGAGGAAAGCUCAGCAGAGUUUUUGAGGAGCAGGUUUUUGCAGAAUGUUGACAAAUAUAUCUGUGUUUUAUUCUCUGCUGGCUCACAGUAUGAUCCAGAUAUCUUGAUAAAGGUUGUUGUGAUGGAGCAAGGUCUCUGUACUUUUGGCACAGCCAUCUCUGAUUUCUCAGUGCUGGAUCAGCCUGAUUCCCAUUUCUCCCAAUCCAUUUUCCUGUGACCAAUUGUAAGCUGGAAGUAGUAGUAGAGCAACCGGGUUCAAGCUGGAUUAGCUUGGAUUAGCCCCUGUUUAAACUCUUUCUGUCUUCUAUGGGCAGCUGCAAUGACCACCACUGGUUUUAUUGUGUAUUUUGCAGCCUAUUCUAUAAAAACGGUUCAGUUUGGGGUAAUACACUCUUUAGUUAUAAGUUAAAAAGUAGAGCUGGAAAGCAGUGACUUUUAAAGUAGCUCUUUGCCACGACAUCCAUCUGACUUUACAACUGUAACCAGUUGAAGGUCAUCCUUUUCUCUUCAUUUAAUGGCAGUUUCAGUUUAUUUUCUUUUGUGUUGAAUGCGGCGAAAACUACUUUUCAGGUAGAGCUGCUGGAUUAUGGCGGAUAUCAUCAUCAUCACAGUUAUUGGAAUUUCGGGCUAAAACGAUUCCUCGAGUACCUUGAUUACAAGAAAUGUUCGAGGAAUUUUCUCUGCCUCGAGUACUCGUUUAUAAGCUCAAAUCGCCACUGUUUUGCAUGGAUUGUUUUCAAGGUAACACAACGCACUUAUGUCACCACGAUAGAAGGAGGAGUAAGCACGGUUUUGAAUGAUGAGAGGGGCUUUUCUUCUGCCGAGCUCCAGUAGCUCAUUAGCACUUCGCCUCUGAGGGCGGAGUUAGCGCUGCCCUGCACACUCCUCUUCACGGUAGUUUGCUGCCUAACAAUGCCGGUGUAGUAACAGAAGUAGGUAACGUAGGAGCUAAUCAGCUCUCAGACUUUAAUGUCUUUAGGGACAUGAUGAAAGUUAAUAUCGUAAUUAGCUUUCUGACGAGCAUUGCAAUCCGCUUACGCACAUGCUUGUUGCAAUUGUUUCGCGAUUACUAAAAUGUUGGAUAGCUGCAGCCCUAUUGGAAUUGGUAUUGAACUCCUGAUAGGGAGCUGUGUGCUCCCUCUGUCCAUCUGCUUUACUAACACACACCCACUCCUUCCUUUGAUAGCUUUAUCUUUCUCCUCCUGUGUUAGCAGGAUGGUUUCAAAUAAGAACAACUUGGCUGUCGACACAGUUUUUAGUCUUUAUUAUCUUCUUUUCAUCGUCAUAGAGAACCAAAAGCGAAGCUGAAAUUAAUUGAUUGAUUGCCCAGCCUUUUCUCCUGGGCUGAUUUAUUUUGAGUCACAUUUAAGCGUGUCAUCAAAUAAAGUCAGCUGACUCUUAGAUGAUGCACAUGUUCCACAUUAGCUCUGAACAUGAUCCUUCUCAACUAUCUUUGAUUAUCAGGACUUUGUCGGAGAUGUUCUUAUGUCCAUGCAGGACUUUGUCUUGUUGAAAAACUUUGACAGAAGUUUGUUAGUGUUGUAUGAGCUAUUAUACACACUUUCUAUGUUGUACUACUAGGACUGCAAGAUACAGGGGAAAAAACAUAUACAGCAUUUUGUUUUCUUCAUGCUGUAUAUAGUAUAUAGUACUAAAGUACUCGCUUUGACACACUGCAGACCCUGACUAUAUCAAUCAACAGAAACGAUUUACUCGUAAUCUGUACUUUUUGUCAGAGUUAAAAAUGAUGUUAAAUCUGCGUCACAAGCUCUGUGAUGGUGACUCCUUUUUGAAUAAAUACUCACCGUCUUCUAUAGAUGAUUUUCACCUCACUAAGAUGUACGUGGACUGCAUGUGUAGACGAUUCUGUCCAACUAUAAGAAACUGGCCUAAGCAACCUAGUAAUGGGGAGCUGAAAGGGCACAUGUUACUGCUUACCAAAUCAGAGGGGGGCAGGCCUCUGUUAAUAAUUUCAUUCUUGCCUAAUGCUUGUAAACUGGAACAAGAAUAGUAGUCUAGUAAAAUUGCUGAAUGAAGCUUUCACCAUAGCUUAACUUAGCUAUAUGAGCGUAAACAUACUGAAUGUUAAUGAGCAGCGAGACGAGCAGAACAACGAGCAUUUCCUGGUAAUCUGUGGUGGUAGAGGUUUCUUGACUUAUGUGCGUGUUUACAUUCUACAGUCAUGACAAACAGACACUGCUGCAGCGGUCAGUUCCUCCAUGUGGUCGAGCAAGAGGCUGCUAUUAAGUAGAAGAUUAUGUUGACUGUUUUGCGAUCCCUCUCAGACCAUCUCUCUGCUUCUCCAGGAGCACCAUGGCGAUGUGGAUCCAGGCCCAGCAGCUGCAGGGUGAGGCUUUACACCAGAUGCAGGCUCUAUAUGGCCAGCACUUCCCCAUCGAGGUGCGACAUUACCUGGCCCAGUGGAUUGAGGGUCAGCUUUGGUAUGCAAUAAAUCUUUAUCACUGUUUUGUUUUGUUUUUUUGUACAUUAAAUUGAUUUGAUUGAUGAAUUGAGUUUUCCUAAACGUUAUAAUAAAAUGUGUUUGAACUUGCCAGGGUGGAAAAAACUCAAGUGGCUCCUCGGAACUGUUGUCCCAGCUGCUCUAAAAACCUGAAAAAAAUGUAACCAAAUAGAUUGAAGGUUUCAGAGCGCACACAGGUUAUGAAAUACGGCAUAAUUAACUACGUGUAUAGGCAGUAUCGGAAACUUCUGCUGAUCCGUUAAGCUAUGCAUUAGUUAUUUGCCUACGGUGCCAGCUUACACGCACAAACAACAAGCUUCAACAAGUCGGCUUUAUGAAAGAAUUUUGUAAGUGCCAGAAACAGACAGCAGACACAUUACUGGAGUGAAUCUGUACCUGAAGGAAAUUACAAUGAUGAUUUGUGGAAGAAUCAAAUGUUGUUUCUCUAUUUUUGAAACUAAAUGACUAUUAAGUAGAGUAGCAGAUUAACUGUAGUGUAGGACAGACUUGGCGUUUUCUGCUUCCACCAAAACGAGUUUGAAAGAAUCACCAUAUCAGAUGUUGGCACCUCUAGUAUAGAUUGAAGAUUAAACCUUAAAAAAAGGCUUUGAAUGCAAAAUGUCAACCUUCAGUUAAAUUUAUAAAACUCGCUCUUUCUCUCUCUAAAUGCUCAGGUCCAAGGAGAAAGAAAUAACUAUUACCCCUUUCAGACAUGCACAAAGUUUCCUGAAAAUUCCCCGAAAUGACCCUGUGGGUGAGCUGUACGAGUGAACAGAAACAGCCGAGAUUUUCACUCCGACUUUACUCAGAAUAUUUCCGGCCAGCUCCUUAGUAUCAUUUCGGGGUAGAGUCUGGGUGAGCUCAUGCGAGAACACUGCAGCAAAUCUUCUGGAUAAUUCCCUGAGAGUAGUGGGGGUGGGGUGGGGUGAGGAUCUUUUCUGGCAGGUGUUCUGCCUGGUUUUGCUUCUUGGUUGAAAAAUGCUUCUUUUGUGCAAACCUGUAACAGAGGUGGUCUGCUCACUGUAUUUGAUGAUGAUUGUAUGUCACAGACAAGAUACAUGUACUGUAAGAAUAAGGCAGUAUGUUUUUGUACACAAAUAUGAAACUUUUAUUUGGGGGUCUCGGAGUGUUGAAAUAUCCCCUAACCAAUUAUGUGUUCAGUACAGCACCACAUUUGUAUCAUCAGAGAUGUCAAAGUCUGUUUUCAACCUUUAUUGCACAGUUUGUCAUUAAAACUUUAUGAGAGAAGAUUAUCUCAAAGACUGUAGAUAGUAUGGUCAACAUGACUCCGCCUCCUGUUCCUGUACAGAUUUGAGGCCGAAUUGCUUUCCAGGAUUAUUUCCAUUUCCUGAAACCUGCAUUUGCGCAGUAGUAUUUGGCGGGAGAGUCACUGCAGGGCUUGACACUAACUUUUUUCUCAAGGAGCACAUGUGCCCCUAAGUUGAGAAAGUAAGGAGCACACAAAGAACUAUAGAGGCACACUAGAAAUUGCUUUUAAAUUUAACCCAAACAUUCUUGAAGGAUGAAUUUGUGGGAAAAAAAGAGGUGUGUCUUAUCCUUCGCCCUUAGUACUAUUAUUUGAAAUCUAUUUUAGGUCAAUUGGUUACAUGAUGUGGAAGCUAUUGAAGGAAAACAGCCUUUCUGGGAACAUCAACCAGUAAUUUAUUGAUGGUCCCUUAUUCAACACCCGAUGUUGACAGUGGGGGUGCUGAGUAGAUUUAACCGUGCUGCUGUUGCUAUUCCUAAUUAUGGAGAGAGCGAGAAGACACCGGUAGAUCCGCCGUGAAUGUCAAUUGAAUAUCCAGCCUAAAACUAACUUCACUGCGGUAUUUACAUGAAAAAACAUUUGUUGCCUCGCCUGAUUUUUUUUUUUUUUAAGUGUAAAAAGUAAAACAUUAGUCUUAAACUUCUCUUAGCUUUGCUUUUACUAAUCUCUGAGUUUAUAACCAGGGGAGGAGGUGGGCUGCAGGCAGACAGGCAAGGAAGGGUUGCAGGGUUUAAAAUUCUAAUCUGUCCCUCAGGAGCCCUAAAAAGUGUUUUUUGCAGGAUUUACUGAAACUGUAUUGAGAGGUUCUAGGAUUGUUUAGGGUUGCUGGGCAGACUGUCUCCUACUCCAUCCUCAUCCCAGUCCAGAAAUUAGUACAUUAAAAUGAAAUAAGAUACCAGUCUGGCGCUCAGUAAAAAUGAUUUAUGAUGUUAUGAUGUGCCAGCAUUAUAAAAUAACCCAGUACUUCAGCACAACUCAUAAGGAUGAACGGGCCAAGCCUUUGAAAGAUUAAUUCCUACCAAGUGGCUUACAGUUGUGAUACUUUCAAUAUGAAUUUUAAAGAGGCCUGAUGAUGUGUUGCUGCCCACUUCUGCUUUCCUGGUGUCAAAGACGGUAACCAUAGACUGGACAGUAUGAAAACCACACAUACCUCUUAGAUGUUGUUUUCUGAAGAGGAGUUUGAAGCCAAGUGAUGAAGCUCGCUGUUCUGACUCAACCAAACUUUCCAUCAGCCUAGAAAAGACAAAGAGGUGGGACCAAGUUGAGUUCUUAGCCUGCUGGGAAGCAGCUGCGUGGCCGAGGGACCACUAUCCACCAUUCCUCUGUCUCUGCUGGGAUGUUGUAUCUGUGUUUGAGACCCUCUCCUCUUUAAAGUCUCCAGCUGUGGCGAAAGCAGGACGCUAACAUCACUCUUUUCUCCUUCUCAUAUUCUGAUUAUUUCAAUAUGCCAUCAAUCUGUAUGAUCAAUCAUCUGUCUCUUGAUAAGUAGUUGACAAGGUUUAACUAUUCCUGCGCUGCUUCAGAUUUUUAAACUGAAAUAAAGCGUGUGGUGAGCCUUCAAGUCAAGAUAAACCUUUCUCUAUCCCACAGUGGGGAAGUUUACAUGUCCAUGGUUGAUCCUGUGUGUCUCCCAUUGGCUGGAAAGAGUGUUACUCAGUUCAGGGGCAUUCAAGGACACCUUGUUUUAAUGAACACCCUUAAGACAACCAAAAACAGCUGCAUGCAAACCUUUUAGACCAUUAAAGAGAUUUUUUAAACCAUUCAUCCUGCUCCCCCCUACAGACUGCUGCAUGUCUGAGUGAAGCUCUAGCUGUGUUCACAUCAUCAUAAUACAAACUAAAAUCGCACCCUCACAUGGUGUGAAUACAGACAGAUUAUUGUAACGUGACUUUUUGUCGUGAAAGUAUCAUGGCAACUAAAUCAUCUGAUUUAUCUCAUCACAUCUGAUUUAUCUCAUUACAGGUUAAAAAAGCCUGAUGCUGUGUACGUGCGUGCGUGUGUGUGUAAAAGAAAUAUGAAGGCAAAAUGAUUGGAUUAGACGAGAGUAAGUGAGACUUACUGUUUCGCUUCACCUCUCCGUAGUUUGGCUGGAUGGAUGUCAACACUAAUGAGAGGUGUUAUCAUUUAGUUCUCUUUGUGACAGAUUAGACAGGCGCAGGCCACACAGACAAGGUGAUUUUUCACUCAAAGAUUUGAUCACCAGCUUUUAGACGCUGAGCUUUACAUUGGAUUUGGAUUGGUUGAUUAUCUAAAAAUGUGUUUAUGCCAUUCACAGGGAUUCUGUGGAGUUGGACAACCCAGCUGAGGAGGUCAAGGCCAAGCGCCUUCUCGACAACCUGGUGACUGAACUGCAGAGGAAAGCCACAGUCCAGGGGGGAGAGGAUGGCUUCCUGCUCAAAAUAAAGCUGGGUCACUGCGCUAACCAGCUCAAGGUACCUGUCAGCUACCACAUACCCUCAUUUUUUUAUCGUAGGAGUCCGUCAUUCAUGAGUUUUUCUGAUCGUCUGUCACAGUAUUUAUUUACACACUCUGAAACCAUUUACUGUUUGAACAUUUCUACUGACUGGUGUCCUUUAGUGUGAUCUUGUUUUUUUUUAAACAAAUACUCAACACAGAUGCAGAACAGAUGUCCGGUUUCAAUGACAAAUUCACUUCAGAAAAAGAUUGAAAACAGAACAUGAUCUUUUAAACCAUGUAUUUACUUGACAACAGCUCAAAAACAACACAUUAGAUACUGAAACUUAAGAGUUUUGGUCUUAUGAAAAAUGUAACCCAUGCUGUGCAUGACUUCCACAAAGGUCAUUAUUGGAUCUGUCAAACUCCGGGACAGUUUUUCAAGCUUCUGUUUUCCUCACAAAGAUUUUGAGAUCUUCAUGGAAAACAUUUACGAAACCAAGACAGCUUAGUUCACCUGUGGACAAGUGCCAUGGGGUCUAAGGUUUCCAAAAGGAAUUUCAAAUUUUCAUGCCUCAGACCACAAGACAGUUCUCCACAAGCAGACUUUUCUGGAUCUUGUUCAUAUGUGGCUUCUUCUUUGACCAGCAUUCAUGGAUUCAGUGAUGAGCUGUGUUCGUGGAUGCAGUUAAACGUGGUGCAGCCUGAAGGCUUUUCAGUUUUUGUCUUCUGCCCUGUUUCUCUUCUUUGCUUGAAGAAACCCCCAAAUUAAAUGCACUUUUUCACUGAGGAACUUUACUCUGAAAAUUGUUGAACUAUGUGCUCACGUAGUCUCUCACAGAGUGGUGAACCUCCCUGAUCUUUACACCUGAGAGACUCUGCCCUCUAUGGGAUUUGCCUUUAUACUCUGUGCUGGUACAAACCUAUGCUCUUCUAGGUUUUUUUUAAGUAACUCAAGUUUUUUUUUUUAUCCAUGUCCCAACUUUUCAACUUUUAACGUGCGAUCUUUAACCUGUUUUCAAUUAAACAUUUAGCGUAAAUGCUUAGUAACCCAUCAACUUCAGUUCAAAUCUACAUUCUACAGUGUCCAGUCUGUUGUGGAGUUGGGGUUGGAUUUGAAAAGCCUGUGAAACUUAUUACAGUUCAAUAGUAACUCUAAUUAUUAUGAUUAUUGGCUCUUCAGUGCUGUGCCACAGCUUAGGGUUUGGGAGCCUUUCUUUCAGUGAUAUUUAAGCUCUAAAUAAUGGACCCUUUUCUAACCCUUUUCCGUAUUUUGAAUAAGAGCAGAGCUCAUAAGGGUAGCUGAACAGAAAGAGCUCUGGAUCUAACAUUAACAGAAUUGUGCUAAUGUAUUGGAUUGACCUUUUUAUCUUGUGAAUGGUUGGCUUGGGUCCCUGUGAGUGCGUACUCUAAUGUAACCUACUCUUAGGGCUGCAUUUCUGUCUAAAUCCAAUCAAUGAAAAGCAGAUUUCAACAUCGGUGGUUAAUGUCAGUGAUGCAAGAACUUGUAACGGUAAGGGCAUGUCAGGGGUAGAAUGUUAUUCUUUGUGAUGUGCUGCAAAGUGACCUAAUUAAAUUUGUGUUUAUGUGAUCUCUCUGCAGAGCACCUAUGAUCGAUGUCCUCUGGAGCUUGUGCGAUGCAUCAAACACAUCCUGCACUCGGAGCAGAGGCUGGUUCAAGAAGCAACUAAUGUGAGCAUUGAAAGUUUCUGUCAGCAUCUGAAGGAACACUGAGAAUGUAAAUAAAGUAUUGCUUGAGUAAGACAGCACCUUAAAUAUACACAUGAACAGGAAGCAGGUUGUCUCUAGAAGUAGAGUCAAGUGAACAUAUCCAGAAGUAUUCUUUACAGGUCAAUACCAGGGGCUCUAAACUGAUUAUUUUCCUAAUUUGAUAAGUUAGUUGAGAUAAAAUCAACUUUAUUUACACAUUUUUAAAUUGCUCUAAAAUGUGAGUUAUUAGUGUCCACCUGAUUUGGCCAAGUUGUAUGUAUAUUAUACACAAGUACAUACAGACAUAUGUAUGUGUUUGAGUUUGAACUGACAGCAGAGACAAUGGGCCAGCAGAGGGACAUUAAUCAAAUCAGCAGCACCUGUAUGUUUAGCUCAGGUGAUGGUUCAAAGUACUUCUGACACACAGUCUGCUGUUGAUUUAAAUUAAGGAUGAGUCGUGAUUUUUAAAAAGUCGAUAUUUAAAAAAAAAAUUAUAUGGUUUUUAAAUAGUCGAUAUUUAAAAAAAAAAUUAUAUGGUUAACAUGACUUUCAUGGAGUCGCCUGGCUGCAACGGUAGACACAGUGUCUGUGGAAGCUGUUUGCCAACUGCCCGUCCAUAACGAAUAAAGAGGUUAGCAUCUGUUGAAGUUACCAGUAUGACAUUUGUGGUCCUGUGGGAUUUGAGACCAAAAAAACUGCAGACUUUGCCAGUCAUCAAAAAGUACAGUAUGAAAAAAUGAGCUAAAAUUAAGGUCUUUGCGUGGUUUGAUAAGCAUUUGGAUUAAUCACAGUUAUUAUAACACAUACAACAGCAAACAACAUUCAGAUAGAGAAAGUUGAAACAGGAAACAGUCAAAAACAUCCACAUGCAUCCACAAAGGUGGCGCCCCCAUUGGCCAACGUUCAUCUAGAUGCAUUCGCUUGAACUUAAAUGUUGUGUGCUAAUUGUAUGUGCUAUAAUGAUACUGAUUAAGGCUACAAGCUUAGAUGCAGAUGUCUAUGAAUGAACUUGUUGUUGAGUUUCAGCCUCUUUAGACUUCUCUUCCAGAAUCUCCUUCUACAGGGGUCAAAUAAGCAUAUGAAAAGUCUACAUAAGCAGACAGAAGUCUACAACAGCUACGCACUUGUCCCCAGUGAUUAUCUUAUAGUGUUUUUGCUUGUGGUGUCCAUCAUUGGGCUUUAGUACUUUUGACUUAUCAACCAAGAAAUCUGAAAGUUUUUGUGCUGCUCAAAUGUGCCGUGGUGUUGGUAUUUUCCUUCCUGACUCCAGAGGGAAGCAGGAAGACACUACGGAUGAUCUAAAAAUAACACCACCACAGUGCUUUUGAAUGGGACAAAAUAUCAAGAAAAACUGCACCCUUAUUUUGGGUCCUGAUGGCAUCUUAGUCAGGGGGUUAUCACUAACAGUGGCAAAGAAAUAGAGAGCAAGAGUUAUUACAGCACAACCACAGAAGGAGUAGUUUUCUUUACAGAUAUUUUCAUUGAAUUGACUGUCAUAAAUAGGGACUGCUGUGAAUAUUUUGGUAAUGUUAAAGGGAAAAUAUCAACAUUCAUGAUAUGUCAGUGACUUUUACAUCAUAGACCCGAUUAGCUGAUCCUGCCGCAGGUGGAAGAACACGUCUUUGUGUGCUGCGUCAACAAACAGUGCAAAAACAAACAGGUUUCUGAUGGCAUAGUAAAAAAAAAACGGUGUAGGUAGAGCGUACACAAACUGAUAUGAGUGUUCGGGUGAGAGCCUCUCCAAAUACAACACUGAAAUAUCUCUUUGAUAUGUUGAUAACAGUGAAGUUUUGCAUCUUGAAGCAGAAUUUUCAGUGAAAGAGCCAAACACUGUAGACUUACAUUCAUGAGCAGUAUGUCUUUAUAAUUGUUUUCACAUGGAGGCCUCAUUUUAUCUACUGAGAGCAAAUCCAGAACAGCUCUGGCUAUGACACAGACUGAGGAUAAUGCUAUCAUCUGUAGGACAUGUAUGAGAGAACAUUAAAGCGGUUUUAGACUCGGGCUAUUUUAAUUUUAUUUUCUGCUGGUUUUAUGUAUGUGUGACACGGAGGAAUUAGAGUUUCGCAGCCAGCAGAUAGUUAAGUUUCCCUGCUGUAAAAUUUGCUCACUUUUGUCUCCACAUCUUUCUUAUUUAUUUCAGAUGUGUCUGCAUUCUUCUCUUAUUGUGUACAGGGAUUAAUUUAACGAGAAGGGAAGAGUUUAUGAGAACUUACUGGUAGUAAUUAUCUCAAUAAGAUAAAUAAUGCUUAUAAGUGUCUCUGGUACAUGAAGAAGAAAGAAGGGAAAAAAUGCUUAAAAGCAACAUCUGGACCCUUUCAAUGUUUGUGUUCAGGCCAGCUGUGGGAGUGGGGGGCAAGCCAUGGACAGCCUGUCACAGCGCCACCAGCAGAUCAACCAGGCCUUCGAGGAGCUCCGCCUUGCCACACAGGAAACGGAGAAUGAACUGAGGAAGCUGCAGCACAGUCAGGAGUACUUCAUCAUCCAGUACCAGGAGAACCUGCGCAUACAGGGUGAGGACAGGGGACACAUGCGCAGUCACAGGGCUUCAACAUUAGUGUAUGGCUCUGUUCCCACCUGGGGCAAAUAAAGACCACCUUCACCACUAAGUUUCUCUUGAUAAUGAAGCCUAAUGUGGUCAUACUGUAAAUUGGUUUAACACAGUAGUAAAUGAACCUCAGUGCAGGAUGGAGACCCUGUUCAUAGCAAAAAUACACAGAUCUGUGUUAGACUGGCUCCUGUCUCCUUGCAUUAUGACAAACUAUGGCCGCCUGCUGGGUCACAACUCUGUUGUGCCUCCAAGCGUCAGUCCAGCCUCUCGUUCCUGCACAGGAUUGUAUCAUAUUGGAAAAAUAAUGCACUGUCCUUUGUUGAAUCAAUAUGGGGACAUGAUUAUUCCUGUACACCCUUCUCUAAUGCUUUACUGCAUUUUCAUACAGCUAGCUUGAUAUAAUAAAUAUUUUUACCUUUUAAAAUUUUAUUUCUUAAUUUGAAUUUGGCUCGCUUCAAAAUAAAAAAAUGAGUCGCUGAGAGAAAACAUUUAUUCCUGCCACGAUGAUACAAUCCUUUUCUGUUUUUUUUUUUUCUAUUAUAAAGCUAAUUCACGUUUAUUGUAAGCGUAAAGACUUGAUUUGCAUUUGUAGAUAUGAAAAGGAAUAAAGGUAGUGUCGGGCUUAUUGUGUUCAAACAUGGCAAUAUCAGCCGAUUACUUUGCUUUUUUCCUGAAGGGAACAGCUCUCCAAAAGUAAACAGUGUUUGUGACAUCCUUCCUCUCUCCUGCUUCCUGCUUUGACAGCCCAGCUGAGCAGCCUCUCGUCUCUGCCUCCAGCUGAGCGCACCCAACGGGAGACCUCCUUACAGAGCAAAAGAGCCACAGUGGAGGCCUGGCUCACGAGAGAGGCCAGCACACUACAGAAAUACAGGCUUGUAUGAGGACAGGACACUCCUUUUGAAGCACACAGACACACAAAGAAACAGGACAGGUCUUCAUUUAGAGCUCUGUUAGUUUGUAUUCUGAGACAGCCUGAUACAAAACUUAAGUGCCAUUUUAAAAGCCAUCUGCUUAAAUCAGAAGAAAAUCCGUAUAACAAAACAUGCUGACCUUAUUGGAUUAAGAUUGAUAUAUUUAAGACGUCUGCGGUACCAAAAAACAUGACAGGUUUCUUUAAUUUGAGAAGGCUCAAAAAUGUAACUCAGCCAUACGCUGACAUUGAUAUUGUAAAUGCAGAGAGUUGUUGGACUUAAACUGCUACAUGUGAUGAUUUUGAGCUUUUUUCAACAACAAAAACGCAGUGCUCUUGUUAUUGUUAAAGAGGACAACACCAAAGUAAUACUGGAUGUGGAUCAUAAUUAGAACAAUUUGAGGGGUGAGAGGCAGAUCUGUCAUUUUUUACCGGUUUGUUCCUUGUCCUUUAAACGUCUUAAUUUAAACCCUUUCUACCACUUGCAUAACCUGAUAAGAUGCAUGAUCUAUUUCUCUGUAGAUUUUGGUAAUAAAGCAAGUUUCAUAAAGUGGUUCUGGGUGUGUCUAAGACAGUUUAUUUGAGGCAGAGUCUCCAGUCUGCUUUGACAUCCUUUUAAUCAAAUAAAGAACUACAAAAGUGUAAAAGGAGCAUCAGGCUUCAUAAUUGAGAAUUAACAGAUUCUGUAUGUUUUUGAAUGUGAAGAUCCCAUCAGUGAUCACUGCAGACACAUCCGGAGACGUGAUCCGAGCAGGUGUUAACAGCUGUGAACCAUCCUUUUUAGCCCACUCUUGGCUCUUUGUUUGUUCUCCUUUUGAUCCACAUUGACAGUAACUUCCUCAUCAUUGUCCUUCUCACUGACGCUGUGCUUUUGUUAUUGAUCAUAUGCUGUAUCAGAUAGUUUUACUCAGGUAUAAAGUGUUUCUCACAGGAAGAUUCUGGACUGUUGGUGGCUGUACCACAGGGGGUCUAUUUGACCUUUAAAAAAUGAAUGACCCUCUUAGUUUAAUUAAAUCUAACUAAUAGAUUUAAUCAAUCUAUCAAGAUAGAUAGAUAGAAAGAUACAUAGAUACUUUAUUUAUCCUGAAGGAAAUUCAGUUUCCCAGCUACACAAUCAAUCAUCAUCAGGAAAUUAAUUUAUAAAAUAGUGCACAGAGUGUAGAAAAUGAAUUAAGAUAUUCAGGGAAAAGGAAUUACCUCGAUAAUCUGUUAUCACAGGAGGUGAUUAACAUGUCUGCAGGCUUUCGUGUUAAUCUCUGUGUAUCAAGACAGUCUCAAACAAAGAAUUUAGAAUAACACUGGCAGCAACAAGAUACACAAAACUGUUAAAAGUCUCACAAGCUUUAUUUCAAACUUGAGACGUUGCACCACUGUUUAUGUAUUUACAGUAACUUUCCUCGCUCUCUGUCAAUCUGAUCACCUGUCACACAUGAGUGAAGGGAGAGCUUCUAGUUUAUCUAUCUUACACUUGCAAAAGAGAGAAAUACGUCAACUGUCGUAAAUAUACUUGGGUAGCCUGUCGGGUAAAGUCUAUGUGUGGGGAAACGCUGUUUUUACACGUGAACGUGUUUGUCAGUGUGUGGCCGGUGGUGUGUUUGCAGGAUCUGUCAGAACAACAUCAGAAGACUCUGGGCCUCCUGAGGAAGCAGCAGACCCUGAUCCUCGAUGAAGAGCUCAUCCAGUGGAAGAGGAGGCAGCAGCUGGCAGGGAAUGGGGGUCCACAUGAGGGGGCACUAGAUGUUCUGCAGUCAUGGUAAGUGUUAAGUACAACUUAGCAAAAAAGUAAGGAAAGUCAUAUUUGAAUGUCCUGUAUCCUGCUGUAUUUAAAUGGAGCCACACUUGUGAGGAACAUGCAUUUGUGAGAUGAGCAGAAGAGCUGAGAUUGUGGGUUGCAUCCAUGAAAAAGUCGCCACAUUAUCUCUGCCAGUGCCAGACAGCUUAUUCUGCCGUUGACUCUGAUCUUCUGAUACCCAGUCAGCACCUGUGAACAUGUGAUGAUGUUGAGCUUCGGGCAACUUAAAACCAAGUGGUGGCAUCAUUUCACAACAUUUAAAUGAUAAGAUACUCCUUCAGAAGUCCUCAUCAGAUAACCCAGAGGGAGCAUGUACAGAGAAAACAACAGAGGACCCAGGACAGAACCCUGAGGGAUUCCAUUUUCCCAACUGCAGAGACAUAUUUACCAGACGCAGCUAAAAAAAAAAGAUCUACCAGACAAGUAGGAGUAAAACCAGUCUAAUGCUGUUCCAGAGACUCCCACCCACUGUCUGAGCCGCUGGAUCAACACACUGUGGUCCACAGUAUUGAAGGCUGCGCUGAGGUCCAGCAAGACCAGCACUGAACACUCCCCAGCAUCACCCUUCAUCAUCAAAUCAUUAGUUACCCUGAGAGGAGCAGUCUCUGUAGAAUGCUGCUGGUGGAAGCCAGAUUGAAAUUUGUCAAGAACAUCAUGUUCAUCCAGAACAGAUGUGAGACUGUUUCCUCACCCUGUCAGCACUUAAGAAGCAAAGGCUGUUUUCUACUGAAUUGCGGUAAAUUCUACAAACAAUUGUCUGUGAACAGAAGUUGUUGCUGCAUCCACAAGUGGACACAAAGAGGACACCAGAUAUGCAGAAAGUCUGGAUAUGUGCUACCAGGGUGGUAGCUCGUUCAUGACUGACUGAGGUGAAGUGGAAAACUGUCCUGCAGUUUAAGAAAUCAAAAAUCUUUGACGCCACUUUCUAUGCUGUGAAGAAAACAAGGAGCCUGGUAUCAGCGUACAGUUUAAAAGUCAGUGUCCCUGAUAGUGUGGGAUACACGAGUUCCCAUGGCACGGGUAGUUCACACAUCUGGGAAGGAUCUGUUAGUUCUGAUUCAUACAAAAGAGAGAUUUAAAAGAAGAGGUGAUGCACCACAUUGCUCAACAUGACUCUGACUGUUAAUAAUGAUUUGUAUUAAAUGUCAGUUUAGGUUAUCUUCAAACCAUUUUCAUUUGUGUCUUUUAUGGAAUUGUGUUUGUGUUGUUUUCUGUUUUUGUCAUUGCAUACAUGUACACUGUAAAUAUAUCAGAUUAACUUGCAUGGACUAAUGCAGCCACAUUUUUCCACCACCACUAAAUCCACCUCCUCUCCAUCAACAUCAGGUGUGAGAAGCUCGCAGACCUGAUCUGGCAGAACCGGCAGCAGAUCCGACGCUGCGAACACCUCACUCAGCAGCUUCCUCUGCCGGGUCCAAUGGAAGAGCUGCUGAGCAAACUCAACGCUGACAUCACUGAUAUCAUCUCUGCGUUGGUCACUAGGUGAGAACCAGACUUCUCUUUUUGACUCAGUCUGGAGUGCACGUCCAUAUCUGAGCUGCUGCUCAACCACAGAAUUACAGCAGUAACCCAUUGUGCAUUCUCUGAAUUAGGUCAGGUCACAGUUUCACUUCUCUCUGCAUCCUGACUCUGCUUUUGAAAGUCACUAUUCUAUAGGAAAGUAAAAGUCUCAUCAAAAUGCUUAGUUCUGUUUUUUGCAUUUGAAAGCUUUUUCUGUCGUAAGAACUUUGGACUUUUUCCUCCAAUAAUCCCACAAAUUCAGUCACUGUACAGUAUUUCUUACCCUGAUCUGCAUUGUCUGUACACAAGCUCAUACACCCCUAUCAGGGACCAUCCCUAACAACAUCGUGUUCUGUCCUCCCUUCUCUUUCUUUUAGUACGUUCAUCAUUGAAAAGCAGCCCCCCCAGGUGUUGAAGACCCAGACCAAGUUUGCAGCAACAGUGCGCCUCCUGGUGGGCGGGAAGCUCAACGUCCACAUGAACCCGCCUCAGGUCAAAGCUGUGAUUGUUAGUGAGCAGCAGGCCAAAGCUCUGCUGAAAAACGAGAGCACACACAGGUGAGGACUAAGUGAUAAAUAGAGAUACAAAGCUCAUAGAUAACGGGGGACGGGAACAUUUGCUUUGUUUGGUCUUAAAUAAAAUGAGUUGGGGGUUAAUCUGCAUGCUAGUUCUUUCUGUUUCCUUUGGCCCUGGUAGUGAAAGCAGUGGAGAAAUCCUCAACAACAACUGUGUGAUGGAGUAUCAUCAGGCCACGGGAACCCUCAGCGCACACUUCAGAAACAUGGUAAGCUCUGUUUGCUCACUUUUAGCCAUACUGUCCAAAACAGUGUUGUGCAGGUUUACACUAAAACUGGGCCAGCUCAGAGUUGAGUUCACACAGGUGAAAACAAAAUAGCUCAGAGUCAGGGUCCUAAAAAUGGACUAGGUCACGUUCAUCAGGUCUCACUCAUAAGACGUCAGUAAAUGUUUGUGUAGAUUUGCUCACUUAAGUCCUCAGUGCGAAAACACUGACACCAGGUUUGUGAACGCUACAGAGGACUAAGAUUUGAAUGUCGGAAGGUGUGUAAGAUUAUGAAAUGUAAAGAGACAGUGUGCCCUUCCAAGUCAACAAUCAGCAUUAAACCCCGCCCCUGAAUAGCCAGUGACUGCAGCUUUACUUCAAAUGAAUUUAUAAAAAACACGAAAUAUAACCCGCUUAACUUUUAAACCUAUUCUGAAGCGUUUUUUCCAUCUGCAUAUUUGUUUUUGAUCAAAUUUAAAUCACGUGUUUCAAAGGUAUCUGUGACAUCUAAGUGACAUUUUUAUGUGUUCCUCACUUACAAAAACUCCACAGAGAGUCAGGAGCAGGUGCAGAUUUUGUGAAUUCAAACUUAAUCAAAGCUUUUAAAAUAUUGAUGAAUGCUGGAUCACCUGUAAGUUUCCUUUCACCAACAGCCGUACCUACCAGUUUGCUCUGCUCAUUUUUCAUGAAUGAGACCCGCUUUGUCUAAAGGACCUCUUGUUGCUCUUGCGUCCAUUCUGAACCUCAGUCAUUGACUUCUCCAUUGACAGAUAGGCCAAGCAAAGACAAUCCCAUUUGAGUUUGUUUUCCUGAAUAAACAUCAGUUCUGGUGAUGGGAUUGGUCAUCUUUCAUCUCACCAGUUUCUCCUUGUCUUCUGUAAUAGUCUUAACAAAGUGAGGAAAAGCCUCUGUAGCACCUGAACCACUUGGUUAUCACUUGAGCUGAUGUUUCAUCUUCAAGCAUCUGGAGCAUAGCAACGGUGAGGGAAAAAUUGAGGCUUACCACAGAGACAGAAAUCCUGAAAGAGGAAGGUAGCUGACAGCUUUGGACACAUCCACUUCCCCUUUCACAACUCCCUCUUACUCCAAUGAACACACAGACAAUCACAAAAAAGGAAUAUGAUACAUUGUCAUACUUGUUAUAACCAACUGAACUGUACUUUGUGAAUGAACAGGAACUUACACAACAGAGUUGAAUGUGAAACCUUGAAGUUCUGCUGCCAGUUUCAUAGUUUCUUUUUUAAUAAUCAGCAACAGGCUGGAUGGAAAAAUAACUCCAUACCAAAAAAACAACAACACACUUUUAUUGUAGAUGAAACUCUAAAUACAGGGCUUGAAAUUGUGACAAGAUACAAACAAGUUACAAGGAGAUAGGCAGCACAUUUUUAAGGUGGAAUGAAAAGGGGAUGACAACUGUACGUACAUGUAUAGAUAGAAAAAUGUAUAAAUCCUUGAGAAUAGAAAUGCAAGUUCAAAACUUUCCCAUCUUUAAAAAUGUUAAUUGUUGAUAACUCCCUGAAAAUUUUGAUUUUCCCCAUAACAAGAAUACAACCCCAUGUUUUUUAACCCUGAAUUGUGUAUUUUUUCACAACAAAAUUCCAUUUUUAUUGUCAAACCCUGAGAUCUGUGUUUUCUUUAUCACAGAAAUAAAAGGGCCAUACAUUUAAUUUUAAUCUAAAAAACUGUUCAUCAUGUGUUAUACUCCAAUAAAAUGUGGCUGUAACUGAUGUUAUUUUAUAGUUACUGAACUAAAGAGAGGUAUUAAUUGUUCAACAGGCUGAACGAAAACAUCUAAAGCAGGCCAAUAAAAGUCAUCAUAGAAUCACAGCAACAAUGUUCUAGACAAUACAGGGACAUACAUGAACAUAUCUGAGUGUGUUUGCGUGAUCACAUUAAUCCAAUGACUGGCAAUAAUCAGAUUAACAUCUGUAUGAUACAGUAGACGGUCAGAUUAGUUUCCAUUCACAGGCUUUGAGUUUAAAUAUUUAGCCACAGAAAAAUCGAGGUCUAGAUUUUGAUAUGCAUGUACUUUUGAGAGGGUUCCUGAAAGACGUCAUCAUCAUUAUUAUUAUUACCUGUGUAAUAAAACAGUGUGUCUCUCACCACAUCUCACAUUUUACCCAUUUGUGUCUGCAGUCACUGAAGAGGAUCAAGCGUUCAGACCGUCGUGGAGCAGAGUCAGUGACGGAGGAGAAGUUCACAGUCCUGUUUGAGUCGCAGUUCAGUGUUGGAGGAAACGAGCUGGUCUUUCAUGUCAAAGUAACGACUUUAUGACUUCAAAAAAACUGUUAUUGUAACAUUACAUUUCUAUGAAUCAGAAUCAACUUCUCCCUCUCGUUGUGUGUGUAACCUGCAGACCCUAUCUCUACCUGUGGUGGUGAUCGUUCAUGGCAGUCAGGACAACAACGCUACAGCAACAGUUCUGUGGGACAACGCUUUUGCUGAGCCUGUGAGUUGACUUUAAAAAAAAAAUUCUUUUCCAUGAUCGGUGGUGCCUUUAUCAAGCUGUAUUUACUCAUAACUAGUGAUGCACGAUAUGAAAAAUUUCAACCGAUACCGAUAACCGAUAAUUUUCUUCUUCUCAUGGCCGAUACCGAUAACCGAUAAAUUCAUAUUUUUACAUUUAUUAUAAUCUUCAUAUAAUCUACAGUUUGUGCAGGAUGCAGCGAUUGAAAACUGAUGUUUUUGUUGCUCUGGCCUAUCUAGAACAACAAACAAAAGUUUUUGGCUCUUCAAAUGUGGUCAUUUGCUAUAAAUAACAAUAACAGAGCAAAAAGCAGAACUUCAUUUGAUCCCCUGAACUGUUCAACAGAACUGUAAACUGUAAAGGAGCUAUUAUGAGACGUUAGGCUUAGCAUGCUGACCGGACUAACAUCUGACGUCCAUAUGUCUGUGGUAAAACUCACGUGUAGUCCGUUCUUGUCGAUCAGGUUGUUAAUGUAUGUGGCGACAAUAUCAUAGAGUGCAGGAAGAGACACAUCCGAGAUGAAGCGGCGGCUUGGGAGAGUGUAACGUGGCUCCAAGUGUGCUAUUAACUUGCGAAGACCCGGGUUCUCAACGACGGAAAAAGGCUGGUCGUCGACCGCUAUGAACUCCAUCACUUUGUCGUUAAUGGCUUUAGCCUUUUCGCUGUCUCUUGAGAAGCUUUUGCAGUUUUUAAACGCCUGCUGAAUGGGGACAUCGAUCCUCCGUAGUGUUGUUGUCUUAGCUUUAGUACCGCUAGCAGCUUCGGCGGCUGUCUCAUAUUCUUUUACUACCGCUUCGCCGCGAUGGCGACUUUUCAGAUGAGCUAUCAGAUUCGUUGUGUUAAAACUUGACGUCUUCUUUCCUCCUCUCGGAAUCCUCGCUUAACAGGUUUUGCAUAUUGCAAUGCUGUUGUCAUCUUCUGCCACUGAGAGAAACGACCAUGCUGGUGAAGACAUUUUAUUAUCUGUCAGGUAGUGACGGGGUCAGGCUUGGGACCUGCGAGUAAGGCGCGAUAGAUGACGUAACCAGCGCGUCUCGGACGGGCGGCUACUCCGCCUGCAAACGUUACUCGUAAUUUCAUUAAUAUAUCGGAUCUUUCUAUCGGAAAAAUGCACCUAUCGGACCGAUAAAAAAUGACGUAAUUUCCCCCCAAAUCGGCCGAUAUUUUAUCGGUCCGAUAAAUAUCGUGCAUCCCUACUCAUAACCUCACACAGUGACAGGCACAAGAAAACUUGAUUUUAAGAAUCAAACCAACCAAGAACACGACUCCCAUCUCCAAAAUAGUUGUCUCGGUUUUGGUCCUUUUGCCUUUUGUACAGAGAUUUCUCACAUUUGAUUUAGCUGAAAGGUCUGCAGAUAUAUUUUAAUAAAAUCUUGGGUUUUACAGGUCUACAGCCCUGCUUUUUACCCAUGCUGUUUCUGCCUCCUCUCUCCCCAGGGCAGGGUGCCGUUCAUCGUACCAGACAAGGUGUUGUGGCCUCAGCUGUGUGAGGCCCUCGACAUGAAGUACAAAGCAGAGAUGCACAGCGGGCGAGGCCUGUCAGAGGAUAACCUGGUCUUCCUGGCCCAGAAAGCUUUUACAAGCAGCAGCAACAACCCUGAAGAAUACCGCAACAUGACUAUAUCCUGGGCCCAGUUUAACCGGGUGAGGCACACACACACAGACACAAACUCACCUUAACCCAGACAUGAACAACUUCCACAGUUCUGCAAUCGAAUGUAACCAUCGUUGCAGAAACACAAGGAUGGUAACGUUGAAUAAAACUCAAGUGGAAGUGAAAGGUUUUUCAUGUUUCAAAUCAAUGUUAAUAGUAAAUAAACACCAAGCUAUUAUUCCCACUCCCUGAAUCACCACAGAGGCCUACACACACACAGAUACACAAACAAACUACAGAUCAGACCUGUGUACAUGUAACCAAGCUAACAAAGCAAGUGUCUUUUUGUACAGGAGAGCUUGCCUGGACGUAACUUCACUUUCUGGCAGUGGUUUGAUGGAGUUGUGGAGCUCAUGAAGAAACAUCUCAAACCUCACUGGAACGACGGGUAAUGACUCAUGCUGUCUCAGCCACAGAAACUGGUUUCUUUUUGAGAAUCUUGAAAAACUCAAAGUAUGAUAUACAGAGAGGUAAAAAUGCUAAUGUAGUCGGACAGUGUCUUUUCAUGGUGUUAAAAGAAUCAGUCAGACUGAAACUUGACUAAGUCCAAUGAAAACACAUGUCUUUGACUGAAAUUGCACACAGUUGUGUUUCUUGAAGUCUGACUAAUGUGAGAAGGCUUUUAUGUUCAACAACACGUCACUUUAAUCGAAGACAGAUAAAUAAGUCAUGGUGAAGUUAAAGCAGGACCUUUUUCUGUGGUAAAAUCCAGUAAAACCUUCAGCUUCAUAGGAACAGACUGAAAAGACAAGCUGUCAUAAGGAAGUAGAUACCAGCGCCAUUUUUAAAACCGCCUCUUAUCAGAAUUUUCCAGAAAAGACUUUUAACUGUUUUUAAAGUGUAAGAAACCAGUUCAUUUGAACUGAUUUUAGAACAAGCUGCUGUGACAAAUCUGAUCUUGUACUAAAUCAAAUGUUUUAGAAGAUUUCACAUGCUUGAGUCAUCUUAGGUGCACUGCAGUAAAUUACAGUAUCAACAGAGUAGAAGUGAAGUGCAGAGUUUGUGAUGUAAACGAUAGUGGGCCCAGAACUGAACCUUGUGGUACUCCAUGUUUAGUGAUUGAAAAUUAAGUUUAGUCCACUGGCUGAUGAAGUGAUUCUAAUAAUCAUACAUAAUCUGUGUGUUUGUGUCCAGGGCUAUCUUGGGUUUUGUCAACAAGCAGCAAGCACAGGACAUGUUGCUGUCCAAACCCAAUGGCACCUUCCUGCUGCGGUUCAGUGACUCAGAGAUUGGAGGCAUCACCAUCGCCUGGGUAGCUGAGAAUCCCAACAAACCAGGUACCAAACUGCAGACUGUUUUUACAUGGACUGAGAGAUGGUGAAACUUGCAAUGAAACAUAACUCCGUUCAGAGGUCUGCAGGUUUAAACCGUAGCUGUGUGAGCAACGUGGUCUUAGUUUCAUUCAGGGAGAAGCUUUGCUUUACACAGAACCAGGGUUUUAUAUUAGAGGGUUUAAAUGUGUCACCGGAUUCAAUCAGAUCAGCUUGAUCUGAGAUUGGUUUCCUAGAACAGAAAAGAAGAUAAUACAAUAGAAUAUGAUGGAUAAAAAUAGAGUUAUGUAGAGUGGAGUGGAAUAAAAUAGAAGACAAGAGGGUAGAGAAAAAAAACAGAGUAUAAAGGAAUUAAAAGGGAGUGAAAUAACGAAAUGCAACGGAAAAGAAAACUAAAAGGAGAAGAAUAAAAUGAAAUGGGAUAAAUUUGAAUAGAAUAGAAAAGAAAACCUUUUCCCUGUCUUGGUCUUUGAAGUAAUGCAGAAAAAAUCAGAUAAAAUAGCAUGCAAUUUAAUGCGACUUCUAUCGCAGCAGGUGUAUUUUUCUCCUGUUAACAGGUGUAGUGGUACAGUGGUUUCAAUGCUUGGUUGUUCCUGUCAUUUACAAGGUGAACGGCUGGUCUGGAAUCUGUUGCCUUACACCACAAAGGACUUCUCCAUCCGCUCUCUGGCUGACCGGAUCAGUGACCUCAACCAUCUUCUGUUUCUCUACCCUGACCGGCCCAAAGACGAGGUCUUCGCCAAGUACUACACCCCUCCUCUCUGUAUGUAUUCAAUAACAAAAUAUAUGAGGUAAAUUCGUGCCAUGAAAGAUCCAUCCUCCCAGAGAUACUUUCUAGACGUUGUUGUUUAUCUCGCUCUGUGGUGCCUUUGCCAGCUUUGAUCAAAGUGUGGUGCAGUUGUAUCAUCAGUGCAUGGAUGAAAAACUAAAGGCAGCGUGUCUUUCUUGCAGCAAAAGCCGUGGAUGGAUAUGUCAAGCCACAGAUCAAACAAGUUGUGCCAGAGUAAGUUGCACAUUUUCUUUCCUCUGAACUUGCAGCGGGAAACCAUCAUCACCUACAGGAAUAAUCAUGAAGCUUGUUUUCAGUUUGAUGUCGCUCUGUCAUUAGAAUUCAUUUAAAAAAAGUCUACAGCUAAAUAGAAAUGGAAACCAGCCUUCAAUUUGUUCUUGUAAUUUAAGCAUCAACCACUUCUGUUCUAUUGAAGGACCAAGGGCUAAAAGACUUUUUCAUACCCAAGCCUUCUCUUACCUUCGAUGAGUAAAAAACAUUUCUCCAUCAUUGAGCUGUUAUUCCUGCCAAACAUGCAGACGAGAUAAAACAUGUAGUUUGAUUCAGAAAGCAUGAGCUGAGGGUUUAAUUCACCACAAACUGUGCUCCAGAGCAGGUACCUUCAGUCUUGUUUACAUGAGAUACGAUGAAUUAAUACAGCAGCAAUUAAUGUUCUUUGCGAGGAAGCCAAAUUGCAAAAACUCCUGAUUCAGAAACAGAAUUAAAGGGACAAUUCAACCAUCUGCUGGGGGUUGGAAAUAGCUGCGCCACAAUAUAAUACAAAUCCACAAUAUUUACAAGAGGUGAUGUGCUCAAACAUCUCAGUAAUUAUGACAAAUCUACUGCUGGAUGACCUAAAUGUGAAUAUACCAGGACUGUAAGCCUGUUGAUAUUACUUUGACAUAAACAUUACGAUAAGUAGGGGUUAAACUAGUCUGGGACUGUCUUGUUGCUCAACCCCUGAACAAACUGGCUGUGUUGUUAAUCUCAAUGUAGUAUUUGUUAAAUAUGAACAUGCUCCUCUUUGCCGGUUUAUUUGUGGGAAUAUAAACUGUUACAUUUAUGUCACACCUUUUGUUUAGUGAAUCAAGGUGAGAACACACAGAGUUCAGCCAGGGGUGAUGAUGCUGACAGCUCAUCUCCACAACCUGAAAAACCAGAGCAGACUGCAAAGAGCAGCAAAACUUUACGUUGUCAUGAAGUGGGACACUUACAAAGUAGAUUUGCAUGAUUUUCCCUUUAUUUCAGCUUCACUUAGCCUCCACUUCUCAGACUUUGUUUGGGCUGCUUUUCUACUAAAGGUUUACAAACAGGCACCUGAACAUGGCAUUUGAGUGUUACUUUUCACACAGCUCUUUAGUUAAAACCCCCUAAUUAGCACUGUCAGCAACAUCUUUGGAAAGACAAAAUAGCCGUGACUUUACUUUAUUACAAAACAACACUGUAGGGCAACUUUUCACAGUGUGAAACACAACAAAAGUUCACAACAAAGUUCAGAGCUGAGGAGAAGGACAAACAAUGAAACUGACUUUACAGCUUCAUGGUGGGCAUGCUUUUACAGAGCUGCCAGGUGAGCUUGUCCUUCAGCAUUAUCCUAAAGUAUUACCAGACAUCAGGUUGUGGCUGAGCUACACGAAGUUAGAGUGAAAUUAUUUGCAUUUUUAGAAAGUUGGUGAUCUUAUGAGCAGUUUUAAAGUGGAUGCCACACCCCACCUUGUUUGGUAUGAAAAUGAAAAAGUUGUCUAUUAAAGGUUAGUUGUCGAUGGAUUGCGUUAUUGUGUUAUCCCUCCAUCUCUGCUGUCUAAAGAUUAGAUUUUCCCCAGAGUAUUUCCUGGUUUAUCUGACUGUAGAUUCCCCUGUAGGUUAUGAGGGAUCAGUUGGUGGUGUUGUAGCAGUCUUUUUUACGAUUUCUGAAGUAAUGUGAGACAUGUCUGUGACAGAUUCACCACCCAGAACCCUGAAUCCAGUGGAGGAACUCCUGCUUUCAUGGAUCAGACGGCUUCUCCCUCAGUGAGCCACCCGAACAACUUCAACGUCUAUCCUCCGAUGUAAGUGCACUUCUUUUUUUCUGUGUUCACUAUAAUGUAUACAUGUUAUGUAAAUGCAAAACAGUUAUUAGACAACCUCUAUCCCCCAUGAGGCAAGGUCAUCGCCAUAGAAUAAAUCUCCAUGGUAACUAAUGUGCCCCUGCUUUUGUGCAGCUGAGUCGGGGCUAAGUUCAGCCAGAAUUAGUAGAAAAUCCCGCACUAGACUGUGAUCUUUGUUUUGUGAAGCAUCCCCCAGGAACCUCCUUAAAGUGCGCCCUCCUUCUCUGUUACUGUCCUCUCAGGGGUGACGCCAUGUUGGAUCCAGAUGGAGACUUUGACCUGGAUGAUACAAUGGAUGUGGCUCGCCACGUGGAGGAGCUGCUCCGACGGCCGAUAGCCAACCAGUGGAGCAGUCAGCAGUCCUGAAGCUGGAGCUACCCCUCUUGCAAACUUUCAGGCUUUUUGGUCUUACCUGAUACAAACACACACCUGUAAUACCUACCGGACUUCCCCACAGAACAGUGUCCCGCCUAUAUCUGCCGCUGUGGCAGAUCCACAUCAGGACUUCAGAGACAGGUCUAGACUGUAAUGUGGAGGUACAUCUCUCGAAAGAGUUGAUGUUAGCCACAUUUAAUGUCCUCUUACUCUUGCCAUAGUUUCUCUGUGUUGUUGUGUGGGGCUAACUGGAUUUGGCAAAUAGAAUUUUGAUACAGAACUUUGUUUUUAUGUCAGCCCCGUAUUAAUAAAUGCCCGAUGAGCAUUCAGCUGGCAGUAGGGGACUUCUGUAUGAAAAUGAUUUUUUCAUUUCUUGUAGAGGAUUUCUGUCCACACAGUCAACAUAAGUUCAAGAGACUGUAACAAAUCCCCUCUUCUUAUGACAGGAAAUCUUAUUUUAAACUUUUUUUUUACUAGUUUCUGCUAAAUAUGAAAAAUGAGAAUUAAUGGAUUUUGCUGAACAUCAGCCACUGUGAAGACAACCAGUAUUGAAGUCAGAUGCUCUUUGUUAGACAAACUGUGAGGGGGUGGGAUGACAAGACAAACAACAGACAUGUCUUCCAGUCAGGUGUAUUGGUCCAUUGUCGCUCUGUCCAAAGUUCAGCUGUGGUUCAGGUCGUACAGCAGGAUGAAACUUGAGUUGAGUGGAUUAAUUGUAAAGGUCUCUGGGUCCUGAGCUUUAACACCAUCUGUGAUUCAGUUGUACCCAGAUCUUAAUCAAAUCCACUAGGGGUCAGCGAACUUCAGUUUCAACUUUCUACAAUCCUAAGAAACUUCAAGUGGCAGCAGCAAAGGCUCGAGAGAUCACAGGCAUGCUAACAAGUAAAGAGAUCGUAGUAACAUUGUCAGUCUUGUUUACACCUCUGUGUCAGUGUUUUAUCAGAGAGGGCUUCAGUUAAACCCACAGCUCACUGUGCCAAGUAUACAUGCAUUGUUUUGGAGGGUAAAGUGACUGUGAAGAGAAACUUUAUGUCAAUAAAAUUCAAAAGGAUUCUCAAAAACCUUCAAA